GCAAACACGAGACAGAACAUCCGUAAGCACCAUGUGGGCUACAGCACUCGCAGUGUUCUGCUUAGUGACCCCUCUCGCUAAUUCUGAGGACUCCUGCCCAGAAGUGAAGAUUGUUGGAGUUGGGGAAUCUGACAAGCUGACCAUACUAAGAGGAUGUCCUGGUCUUCCGGGACCUCCUGGACAAAAAGGAGAACCUGGAUCAUUUGGAGAGAAAGGUGAAAAAGGACUUGCAGGGAAAGCUGGACCGCCAGGACAAAUAGGUGAAGCUGGCGCCCAAGGAAUACAAGGACUUAAGGGGGAAAAAGGAGACAGCGGCGCAUCCCUGUAUGCUGCAAGGAACUGUAAGGAGCUGUUGGAUCAGGGAGAGAUCCUAAGUGACUGGUACACAAUAUACCCAGAUGGCGAGCGACCCCUGAAGGUGCUGUGUGAUAUGCACACCGACGGAGGAGGCUGGAUUGUUUUUCAGAGACGUUGGGACGGUUCUGUAGACUUUCUGCGCGACUGGAAUUCCUACAAGACAGGAUUUGGCAGCCGUUUAAAUGAGUUCUGGUUGGGGAAUGACAAUAUUUACAAGAUAACAUCAGUUGGCGAUUGGGAGCUUCGUGUAGAUCUCCAGGACUUUGAGAACACAAAGGCCUAUGCUAAAUACGCGUCUUUUAAAAUCCUGGGAGAGGAUGAGAAGUACAAGUUGCUACUUGGAGCCUUCAAGGAGGGGAAUGCAGGAGAUUCUAUGAGUGGUCACAAUAAUAUGCAGUUCAGCACCAUGGACCAAGACAACGAUAUCUAUGCAGAAGGAAGCUGUGCCACAAUGUACAAAGGAGCCUGGUGGCAUGAAACUUGUCACAGUUCAAACCUGAAUGGGUUGUAUCAUCUGGGACAACAUAGCAGCUAUGCCGAUGGCAUAAACUGGAGCAGAGGCAAGGGAUACAACUACUCUUAUAAACAUUCUGAAAUGAAAAUCCGGCCAAUAACAGAAAAGAGGAAGUAGAGAAACGUGAGAAUAAAACAACUGAAUUUUAAAGUAUAUUUGCCACAGUCUUUAAAGAACAUUCACAGACCAACCUCAGCUGACACAGCCCUCUGCUAAAGGUAGCCUUUGGAAGAUAGUUAUCUCAUUAUAUUUCUUCCCUGUUAUUACUAAUGUGUGUGUUGUAAUAUGUAUUGGCUAUUCUUUUUAUUCUUUAUUUUAAAUUCAUAUUGGAGCACA